AUGGCCCAAGUACCUGUUUCGGGUACUAAAUGCAGCAUUUGUUCAACAAAUGCUGGAUUGCUAUUUUGUUAUGAUUGUCAGCAAGCACUAUGUGCGACUUGUAGAACUGUACAUGAUAAAAUUUCGUCUACAAAAAAUCAUAAAGUGACGGAUAUAAAGAAAGUCGAUCGUUUAUUUUUUAAAACCGAAAUAAGGUGUACAGAUCACCAGGAGAUUUAUACAAUAUUCUGUACAAAGUGCAGGUGCUUGGUAUGCAAUUCGUGUUUGACGUCUAUCCACAAAGACCAUGCAUUUUCUGCUGUUGAUGAAGUUGUUGAAGAAUCACGAAAAGAGGCAAGAGAGCUCUUAAAUGAAGGACAAGAGAAAAUAGCUAUUGCAUCUACUGCUAUUGAGGAUCUUAAAUCCACACUGAAUGAACACAAGCAAAAUGAAAAAGAAAUAAUCAAAACAGCUGCAGUGUUGAACAACAUUGUGGAAAGUGUAAAGCAAAACUAUUUACAGGAAUUGAUGGAAUCUAGCAUCUUUGCAAAAGAUCGUUCGAAAUCAGUAUUGCAAGAACUAGAAAAUCAGAAAGCCUGUUAUGAAAGUGUAUGCUCAAAAAUUGAACAUUUGCUGUCGGAACCACAUAGCAUCACUUUCUAUCUCUCUUAUGACAGCCAAAAGAAAGAAUACCAGGACUUGGAGGAUAUUUCAGGAUGCGAAAACCUUGAACAUAACACAGAAUUUGAUGUUGACUCGUUUAUCGGGGAGGUCGAAGCUAAAAUUGAGACUUCUUUUGGGCGAAGACUCCAAAACGAGAAAGCAAAAGAAACAACUGCAAAAGAAUUUGAGGAAAACCUCGAAAAAUUAGUCGAAGAAGAAAAUAGGAGGAAACUGGCUGAGGAGGAAAUCAACGAGUUAAAUUCAAAACUUAGUGCACAGGCAGAGAAGAUUAAACGUCUGAAAGGUCGACGAGGACAUGACCCAUACAAUCCCGAGGAAGAAAGAAUUGAAUAUCUUGAAAUAGCUUUGAAACAAUCAAAUGAAGAGCUUAUCAAGGUAGAAAGAGAAUUAGAUGAGACUUCCAGAAAAAUGAAUAAUAUUGAGUGUACAUUAGAAAAGGAAGAAGAAAACAAUGAAUAUAGGAAAAAACUUGUUGGUACAAUGAGUCUUGAACUAGAAGACCAGGGGGAAAAAGUACGAAGUUUACAAAGAAAACUCGAAGAGGAGUCAGAUAGUAAAGAAUACUUAGAAGAAAGUUACGCAGCAGUUAGGAAAGAACUAGAAGAUGCUGUUUGCAAGGUGGAAAAUAGCGAGCGAAUUGUGUGUGAAUUGCGAAGAAGAUGUGAAUCAGCUGAUGAAAAAUUUCAAGAUGAGCACAGGAUUAGACAGAGGCUGGAAGAAGAAUUAAAAUCGUUAGAAGACUGUUAACAGUAAAUUGUAAAAUCACGAAGAAUUUCUGCAUUUAAAAAAGCGUGAACAUUCAGUUUAUAUCAACAGAAAAAAUAUAAUCAAGAAUACAUUGUUAUUAAUAUGAUUAAUUUUGCUUAAUAAUUAUCUAUAUUUCAGCAAAAGUAUAAUGAAAUUUUGUUUAGAAUAACAAAGAAAAAACAAUAAGCAUAUGAUUGAAAUAAAAUUAAAUAUGUAAGUCAAAAGAAACAAUGGACCUAUACAGUGGAUAAAAACACAAAAAACAUAAACUCAGGAUAUCUGUAUGGUUAACUUUCAAUUGUUUUCCAGUUUUUUAAUUUCAUUCGAAGAGUCAAAAUUAAUAUAUAUUAAAAUAAUCUGCCACAGCUUUUAACUUAUUUAGAUUUAUCAAAUGUUUAAUUUGUUUUAUAUAAGCAUUAGAUAAACGUAAGUUAUACUUUAUAUUUUCAAAACACCAUUCGUUUGAUAUGAUUAAGCUUUUAAUUUUGCCAUUUGAUUAGCAUGAUUAGGGACAUUCCGAUUUAAAUAUUCCGAGGAGUUCGGUAUUUUUGUAAUUUUACUUUUUAGUGCUAUACAUUUUGUUGCCAAGUUCCAUAAAAAUUGGAAAAGUGAAGACAUGUUCAAAGGUACGACACUACGUUAUAUGUCAUUAUGUACACGGAUUAAGCUGUGAUUAUGUGAAUUGAAGCUUAAAGCAUAAACUAUAUUGACACUAUUAUGAAUACAAUGCGCCAAUAACAUUUACAGAGAUUUUCUUGGUUGUUCUAAAUUUGUUUCUCCUAUACUAGUAUAAUUAUAGUAAUAUGAUAAUAAGAUACCAAUUUAUAUCAAUCAAUGUACACAUGUACAUAGUAUGUAUACUUAAUAAAUAUAUGAUGUCAUUAAUACCUGAUUCUACGAAGGCUAAUCAAGGUCUAGUAACCGCUUGCUCCGCCCGUCAGUCCUUUAGGAAGACCUCGGAAACUUUAAUCCACGUGUUCGGGUCUUCUGUGAACGGGAAGGACUUUUAAUACUUGGUCUACAGCUUUAUCAUAUGUAGAAUUGAAGCGAGUAAACAAUUUUUACAUCCGACAUGUAGCCACUUUCUCUUUGUCGGUAGUUUGUAAUUAUAACGUAAACAUCAUAGUACUAGGAUAAUGUUUGUAAAAGUGUUCUCGGUUUCUUUGAACUAGAUUAGUUUAAUGUUUGGUAUGAACCUUGCCAAUAUUGCGUUGCAAUCGAUUAGGCCUUUUUACAUCCAUCAUACAUGCAUUUCCUGUUUGCCGAUAGUUUGAAAUUUUACAACACUCUUUGUGCAAGGAACACUGUCGUCAAAUAUUUUAUGGCUCCUACUGAAUGGAAAGGUUUUCUGUUUGGUCUGAAGCUUCAUAUUGUUAAAUGGAGAGAGUAAGCAUUUUUUUAUUCCUUGAAUGCCAACAUCCUUUGAUCUACCGAUAAAUUAUGUUGGCGUUCGAGGAAUAAGUAUAGGUAGUUAUCACAACACAAGUGCAUGCUUAUCAAAACAGUCAUACUAAUUAAACAGAUAGGUAAACUACAGGUAGCUUAAUCUAGAUCGUUGAAAAUCAUUUUUUACUAUAAUUGCUAUAAUUGCUUCAAAAAUAUGGAUUCUCUUAAAAUGAAACUUCGAAAAGUGUUGCAUCACAAAGUCAACAUGUGCAUAUUGUCAGGAAUUAUAUUUUGCACCAAUUCUACUUUAGACUCUUUGGACUUUGAUGUUUCUUUUCAAUAUUUCUAUAGUUGUGUGUGCUGUAAGAUCCUACAAUUAGAUGGAAUUUCUUGAAACUUUGUAUCUCGCUAUUGCUAUGUUUUUAUUUUGUUCAGUUGUUCAGGAUAUUUUUCUUCAACGAGUUAUAAUAUAUCAUCCUUUUUUAUUGUAAGUUCAUAUUAACUAAUAAACUAAUUAAAAUGAUAUGAAAUUAAAUAAAUCUCUAAUAUACUUUGUUUAGUUGAAAAUAUUUAACUAAAAUUUCUUUAAUAUUUCUAAUAUGUCUUAUGUUAAUAAAUAUUUGCAUUCCCAAAAUGUUUUAAUUUUUUUUUAUUUCUUUAAAAUUCAAAACAAUUUUAUCCCCAAAAUCUUUUUUAUCAAGUUCACUAAUUUAUUUUAACAGUUUAAUACUUAUAAAAACUCUUAAAAAGUUGUAAAAACACCUACUGUCAUUAUACAAACAGCUCUUGAAAUAUUUUUGUUGGCGUUCAAGGAAUAGGUAACAUAUAAAAUGUUGGCAUUCGAGGAAGACACCGCUUUACCAUCCAAAAUAAAAUUCCAUAUAAUUAAUUAUUCAAUUUAUAUUCCUCGUAUACUCCUCUUAUAUAUAGCUAAUCACCACCCACAAAAGAUUUUAUCAUUUAAACACUAGGACUUUUUCAGUAAAUACUAAUUUUCUACUCCUGAAGAUAUGAAGACAAUGGCAUAGCUUUUCCAAUAUUGAUUUCCAAAUUUUUAUACAUUUUCCGAAUACAUCAGACGAGGAUGUACAGUGUGUAUAAUUUAAACACAAGGCGUGUUCCAUGGGUUUAUGGCGGGAAAUCGAGUCGGGCAUUUGUUCCGUCAAUGGAACGUACGUCAUGUACUAAAACAAAAUACAAAAAAUGGAGGUUCUACUCAAGAAAUCGGAAUCAUCAAAUGAGAUAUUGGUAAUUGAAUAUUUAUCACUACAAUAAGGAUUCUUUUAAGUUCUUUUUCAAGUUACAUCUUUUACUUUUACCUUAUUGCUGGAAAAUCUAUCAUGAUUAUUUUCAAUAAACUUUUAUCGUAUAAAUUAUAAUAAAGAGAUUAUAUAAAAAUCUGUGUGUUCUUAAUUAUUUUUAUCUAUUCUUGGACGAUUACAUGUGUUCCACAGCAUAUACAAAGUAUGUGUUUAAAUGUCUUACUUCAUUCAUUUAUGAAGUCGAAUAAUUAUGUUUAAACUUGUUUUCUAAAAUACAUUAAAAGACGACUCUUCUUUAUUAUGCAACACAGAGAGAAAAAAAAACAUGAAUAAAAAGUAAAAUUAUGAGGCUUACAUUGUAGGUCUGUCAGUCCCUCUGUUUAUACGUCAGCCACAAGUUAAGUUUUCCAUUUUUUUGUAUCAAAUUGCUGCACAAUAUUUUCACCAUAGAAUACAGGUCAGGUUAUUGUUUGGUGUUUG